AAAGGGCAUCUAGACAAAUAAGUCUUCUGCUUCGUGCUGGGAUCUUAGAACUAUCUGAGAGUCAGAGAAUAAGUGUGCAAGCCCAGGACAGGCAGGAUGUCUGGGGAGCAAAGGAGGAGACGGGUUGGAAUUGUGGGCUAUGGACAUCUAGGCCAGUACCUGGUGAAACGGCUACAAGAUGAUGGGCUCCAACACAGGUUGGAGCUGGCCUUUGUUUGGAACCGGGAUGCUAGGAAGCUGGAGGGGGCAGUCCCAGCAGAGCUGCGGCUGGGGAAGCUGACUGAUUUUUUGGAGCGCCAUGCUGACAUCAUUAUCGAAGUUGCCCAUCCCUGCAUUGUCCAAGAUAAUGGGGAGUCGUUUCUCCAAGCUGCAGAUUUUAUGGUGGGAUCACCGACAGCCUUGGCAGACUUAGGCACAGAGCUUAAAUUACGUGAAGCUGCAAGACGGUCCGGACACACCCUCUAUAUUCCCAGUGGGGCUCUAUGGGGUGGGCAAGACAUCCAGAGGUUGGACGAUGGAGGAAUGCUUCAGGCAUUAACGGUCAUGAUGGUGAAACACCCCAGCAGCUUCCGGCUGGGCGGGCACCUUGGGGAGCUUGCACAGGGUGCCCAUCAGGAACGUAUGGUGCUGUACAGUGGUCCUGUGGGCAGAUUGUGUCCCCUGGCUCCCAACAACGUCAACACCAUGGCAGCAGCCUGUAUUGCCGCCCCCAGCCUGGGCUUUGAUGGUGUGAAAGGCUGUCUCAUAGCUGACCCCAAUCUCCCCGACUACCACGUGGUGGAGACUGAGGUCACCGGCCCGGGCGGCUUCUCCGUCACCACAAGGCGCAAGAAUCCAGCUGCUUGUGGGGCCGUCACUGGGACAGCCACCUUUGCAGCUUUCUGGAGCAGCCUAUUGGGUGAGGAUGAAACCCUCUAGUCCAGCAUCCUGCUCUCACAGUGGCCAACUGAUGCUGUUGGGAUUAUGCCAAGGCCAUGGAGGCCGAGUCUAUCUCUGCUGAACCUUUUUGCGUCUGUCCUCUAGAAGGUACACAGAAGGCCUGUUGGUACUGGAGGUUCAGUUGCAGGGGCUUGAGCAGCAAGGGAAAGAGAGAAACAACCCAGUAAAGGAGACCUAUCAGUUCCUGCACCCCACCAAUCUUGCUGCGUGCCUUCAGUCCAUCAACUCUACAAACAUUCACUGCCUAUGGUUACACCUCCAUCCGUUUCCUUGGAUGGCCUUUUGUUCCAUCAGCCUUCCAGGUUCCCACUCACCGCCGAAUGAGACAAAUGAUUUGAGUUCUGAAUCCUAUGUGCACAUUGACUUUGGAGCAAGUCCCAUUCAGUCUAUUAGAGAUGGCCUCAAGUGUCUUUCAUAUCAUUCAAUGGCAUUUUAGAGGAACGGGGAAGGGCUCUUCCAAGUGGCACUUUUGGCAAUAUUGUUACAAUACUGGCAAGUUAAGAUAUACCCCAGUGAUUGAGGAAUGGACAGAACACUUAUUAUUGUCAAUUAGAGAAAACAGAAAAGCAGCAAAAAAGACUGGAGGAGAGAAUUCCAUCUGCCUUCCUGAAACUUUAUACUAAAUAACUAAAGUUUAGGGGGGAAAGGAUGAGUAAACAACACUCUUCACUUGACUAGUUUUUCCAUCUCUUUCUCCUCCCUUUCUUUUAAUUAUACCUUAUAUCUUCAAUUUCAUUUAUAUCUUAUAAAUAAGAUAUCUUCAAUUUCAUUUGUAUUUUUUUUACUUGAUACUGUUUGCAUUUGGUUAAGAGGCUGUCAUCCAAUUAAGGAAAACUUACAUUUCAGUCCUAAUCACACAAAGGAGAAAGCCUCAGAGAACUCAGUGGGACUUCACUUACUCCUUGCUGAAGCUAAGCAGAUCUGGGUCUGGUCAGUGCUUAGAUGGGAGGCCAGCUGGGAACCACAUGCAUGCUGUCUUGGGAUCCUUGAUGGAAGAAAAGUGGGAUAUGAAUGUAAUUAAAGAAAUAAUACUAAUCAAA